AUGAGGGAAACCAAUUUAAAAGGAGAAAAACUAAGUAAUGUCUAUUUAUAUAAAAAUGGAGAAAUAAAAUUAAUAAAAGAAUUAGAAAAUGUUUUUAUUAAAAAUAUAAGUACAUGCAGUAACAGUAUAAACAUAUUAUUAAACCCUGAAGACAAUAUAAAUACAUCUCAUAAUAUAUUAAUUCCAAUAAAUAAAGAAAUAAAUGAUAAGCGUACUAAUUUAAAAAACGGACAAAGUUAUAUAAACAUUUCUUAUAGUAACAUUUUUAUUAGCAAUUAUGUAGACUCUGAUUUAGUUUUAUAUUCAAUUCAUGGACAAGACCAAAAUGAAAUUAAAUACGAAUUUGAAAAAGAUAAAGAAAAAGAAGUAAAUACAAAAAUAAGUAUAAAUAAUUUAAGAAAGGGACUUGUAAAAAGUGAAAAAAAUAAUGUAUGGACAUACUCUAUAGACAAUCUAGCUAGUACAAAAUAUAAAAAUGAAAAUGAAAAUGAGAGUGAAAAUAAAAAUGAAACCCCUUUUCAAACAAAAAAUUACAACGAUAGUAUGCAUACAAAGUAUGUGCCUACAAAUUGUAAGAAAGUUUAUUUUUGUUACUCUGGAUUUUAUGCUAUUGAUGAUAAAUAUAAUGUUUGUCGAUGGGAUAUAGACAUAUAUAAUAAUACAAAUAUCAUAAAAUAUAAUUAUCUAUCAAAAUUUUUAAGUUAUAUAAAAUUUACAGAAAAAAUUAUAGACAUAUCUUGUGGUCAUAGUCAUGUACUUUUUUUGUCUGAAAAUAAAAACUGCUAUGCAUAUGGAAAUAAUAAUAGUUAUCAAAUUUCUCAUGAAAAAAAACCAAAUUUUGAUACUCCAAAACUUAUUAAAAUUGGAAAAAUAAAAUAUAUAGCUGCUGGACAUUCACAUAAUUUAAUUUGUACAUAUAAAAAUGAAAUAUAUGGGUGGGGAAAUAAUAUACAUAAGCAAAUUUGUUCAGGUGAAAAUUUUAUAAAAUCUCCAAAACUUAUUCUAAACCAAUCAAUAUGGAAUAAUAUUAAUAAGCAAGCCAAAAGAGAGCGAAAAAAAAUGAAAGAAAAUUCAAAGCUUACUGAAAAAAUGAAAAAACAUAAUCUGUUUGGACAAGAUGUGAUAAUUCCUAAAAAAUAUUCUACCCAAUAUAACCAAAUAAAUAAUAUACAUUACAAAUUAAAAAAAGUAAAAAAUGAAAACAAAUUUAAAGUAAAAAAAUUAUGUUGUGGUUUUUCUUUUUCUUGUAUCCUUAUGAAAAAUAAAAAUUGUUAUAUUUUAGGUAUCACUGAUUUUGGAAAUAACCAAAAUGGAGAAGAAAUAAAAAUACAUACAUUUAAAAAAAUUAAUAGAAAAAAAAUUGAUAAUAUUUUUUGUAACUUUUAUGAUAUAAUACUUAUAGAUAAUCUUAAAAUUUCAAAAAUAUUCCCACCUAUAAUUAAUCCAAAAUUAAACAAUAAAAUUCAUCUCCUUUUUAAUUUUAAAAUAAAACGUAGACAUUGUCUACAAAUCAAAUUAGCUAAUCAAUGUUUAUAUAAUUGUAAAAAAAGUUGUAAUGAAAUAGAUAAGGAAUGUGAUCAUAAUGAUAAAAAAAUGAACGCCGAUUUUUGUUUUAAUUAUGAUACUGAUCAGUCUGACCAUUGUGAAAUAGAGCAAAGUAGUGAAUAUGAACAAGUUGGAGAAAAAAUUAAACUAUCAUUACAAAAGUCUUCAAACUAUAUUUGUACUCAAGCUAGCCAAUAUUUUCCCUUUCCACAAGUUGAUACAAAAAACAGAAAUGAAAAAUUAUUAAUUAAUUUAAUUUGUUCAAAUAUAAUUCUUAAUUAUAAUAAAACAGUCUAUGUCUCAGAAUAUGAAGGAAGAAUAAAAAAUAUUUUUCCUAACAAUUUUGCAUUAAUGAAAAAACUUAAAAUAAAAAUUAAAAUAAAUAAAGUUCCUAUACAUGUAAAGUCAGAUUAUAUAUAUGUUUUAUAUGAAUAUGUAAAUGAAAAUAAUCAAAAUAAAAUUUACAAAAUAAUUAAAGGAGUAAUGAAUAAAAAAAGGACAUACAUAUAUUCAAAAUUACCAUUAUUAUUACAAACUGAUAUUACAUCUAAAAAAGACAAUCAUCAGCUAUCCCCCAACCAAAAUAGUGAUACAUAUGAAACUGACAAUUGCUCAGAAGGUUGUAGUUAUGAAAAUGGAAACCCUAAUUAUAUACAAGCAUUUAAUAAAUGUAAUGUAUAUUAUUCUUUUGGUUGUCACUUUUACAAACAUCCAUUUUCUAUGCUAUUUAUAAAACCAGAAAUUGUAAAUAUAUCACCAAAUAAUGUUAAUUUACAUGAAAAUAAUCUUAUACAUAUUGAUAUGGCACAAUUUUCAAAAUUUUUUAAAUUUAUUUAUGUCAUUUUAUAUAACCCUAAUUUUAAUUUUAUACUCACAAAAGCUUACUACAAUUUACACACAAAUAAGUAUAGUUUUACUACCCCAUUAAUUUCUGCGACAGCAUUUAAGCAAGUUCAACACGAUUUCAUAAACUUCCAUGUGUUUGCUUCCUACAACAAUGUUGAAUAUAGUGAAAACGAAAUUAAAUUAACGAUAACAAAUUUAUAA